CCCAUUCCCAUUUCCCCUCUUCCACCGAUCAAAAUCCCUAAGCCAGUGCCCUCUUCCCUUUUUUUCCCAAUUCAAAAUUCAACCUUCACCUCCACCAAUCCACCUCCACUGAUCCACCUCCGGUCCUCCACGGCUCCACCCAAUUCCAAAAUCAGAGGUUAGAGCGGUGCUUCUACGUCUUCUACCUUUGAAUUUCAAAGAUGAGUGAUCCAAAUCGAGAUGGUUCAACUCAAAGUUCACAAAAUUCUUCCCCAAAUAAAGAUGAUCAAACAACAACCAAGGAAAAUGUUCGAAAAAAGAUUACUCCAAGGGCAGCUUGUUGGAACCAUUUCACCAAAUUUGUGAUUGAAGAAGGGGAGAAGAGAGUAAGGUGCAAUGCAUGUGAUGUUACUUACACAAUGGAAUCAACUUUAGGUUCUACAACGAAUUUGAAUAACCAUUUGAAAGCAUGCCUAAAAAGACCUCGAGGUAAUACUUCUAAUCCGAAGCAAUCAUAAUUAACAUUUGUGAAGGUUAGCUAAGAAACAACGGAUUUAUCAACUUGGGUGUUUGAUAAAGAUGCUGUUAGAAAAGCAUUGGUUCGUAUGAUAAUUAUGGAUGAAUUACCUUUUAAAAUUGUAGAGGGAGAGGGUUUCAAAUACUUUCUUUCUAUAGCAUGCCCACGGUUUAGCCUUCCAUCUCGUUGGACAAUUAGAAGGGAUUGUCUUGAUUUAUUUAACUCCAUGAAGAGUGUGAUGAAGAAUUGUUUUAAAAAAGAUAUAAGUAGAGUUUGUUUGACGACAGACACUAGGACUUCAUUGCAAAGGAUAUCUUAUAUGGUUUUAACAGCACAUUGGGCGGAUGAUGAGUGGAGGUUGCAAAAAAAUAUUAUAAAUUUUUGCCUAAUAUCCGCUCAUAGAGGUGAAAGCAUAGGUCAAGCCAUUGAAAAAUGUCUUCGAGAUUGAGGGAUUGAGAGGAUCUUCACUAUUACAGUUGAUAAUGCAUCCGCCAAUAGUGUUGCCAUUGAAUAUUUGAGAAAGAAAUUGAAUCAUCGAAAUGCUUCUGUUGCAAAUAAAAAAUUUAUUCAUAUGAGAUGUGUUGCACACAUUCUUAAUCUCAUUGUGCAAUACGGUAUUAAGGAUGCUUCUGUGUCUGUGGAUAGAGUUAGAGGUGCUGUGAGGUAUAUAAGAGCAUCACCAUCGAGGUUGUCAAAAUUCAACCAACGGGUAAAAGAAGAAAUGAUAGAUAGUAAGGCUCAAUUGUGUUUAGAUGUGCCUACUAGAUGGAACUCAACAUUAUGAUGUUAAAGGUGACCGAAAAAUAUGAGCGUGCAUUUGAAUCAUAUGUACGUGAUGACCAUAAUUUUUUUCUUGACCUUACUGCUGGAGAUGGAGUUCCUACAUUUAAUGAUUGGGAAAUUGUUUGAAGAAUUAUAAAAGUAUUAGAGCCUUUUUAUCAUCUUACAUUGAAGGUGUCCGGAUCUUUGCAUGUUACCUCUCAUUCACUUUUUGAAGUAUUGACGAAUGUGCAUUGUCUUUUUGAUGGGUGGCAAGAUUGUGGAGAUCUAGACAUAACUUCUAUGACUUCCAAAAUGAGAGAGAAAUAUAAUAAGUAUUGGGGUGAAGGAAACAAGAUCAACAUGCUAGUUUACUUGGUGGUCAUCUUUGAUCCACGAUGUAAAAUGAGUUUUUUGGAAUUUGGGGUCAACUUGCUUUUUCCUAAUGUUGCUAAUGACAUUAUGAAAAUGAUUGAUAAAGAUUUGCAUUACUUGUUCAAUGAGUAUUUUUCUAAUGCUGGGAGAAUUGAAUUGUUUGAAGGUAGAUCUAGUUCUUCGACAAAUCUUUGCAGUUCAAUGGAAAUAGAUCACUCAGAAAUGAAAACGGGCUUGGCCAAACAAAAAUACCUUAAGAAGAAGAAACAAGUUGGAUUAGAAAGCAAAUCUGAGUUGGAUAGAUAUUUGGGUGAGGAUGAAGAAGUAAACAAUUCAAGUUCAUUUGAUUUACUAUUGUGGUGGAAAAUGAACAGUCCUAGAUUCCCUAUUUUUGCACAAAUGGCUCAAGAUAUUCUUGCUAUUCCUAUCUCAACAGUUGCCUCGGAAAGUGCAUUUAGCACGGGUGGACGUGUUCUCGAUAGUUUUAGAAUUUCUCUAACUCCUCUCAUGGUCGAAGCUUUGGUUUGCACACAAGAUUGGCUUCAGAAAUCUAAUAAUGCCAUCAAUCUUGAAGAUUAUGUUGAUGAACUUCAAACCAUGGAAGAUGACUUAUCCAAAAUACCCGAAGAUCAAGAAGAUGUUUCAACAUUAUCAACGGUGUUUGAAGCACAAGAAAAAACUUAAACGUUUCUAUAAUGGUUUUUGAACUGAUGUGCUAUUGUUAUUAGUUUGGUUUGGUUUGUUAUUGUUGUUGGUUAAUUGGACUUUUGUUGUGUUCUUUUGGUGUAGGUUUCUAUUGUAUUUUGGACUUUUGCUUAUGUUUUUUUUUAUUAUAAU